AUGGAGAUCGCGAUUGGAGAUGUUUCAAAAAGUGUCAAAAGUUCAAUCAAGUCGAGAUUGAAAAUAAAAAAACAAAAAUCAACCAUGACAGACUCAAGUAGUGAACAACACGACUCAAAUUUUCAACCUACAUUUGAUACUUCAUUGGAUUCCUUUUAUGCUGAUAUACUUUCCAAAGGAUUUUCUAAUAGUGUUGAUGCUAUUGAUUAUUGUCGAAGAUUAAGUGCUCGUCAUGGAUUUACUAUCAAACAAGAACAAAGUACUUAUAGGAAUAUUUAUGUUUAUUGUUCCAGAGAAGGUUUUCCUGAUUCUUUACGCAAUCCUAAAUCUAAUCCAAAACGUCGACGACCUUCUAAAAGAUGCGACUGUCGAUGGCGUGUAGUAUUAAAUGAAAACAAUGGUACAUGGGAAUUCAGAAAAUCGCUCAAUCCUGAAGCUUCCAAACACAAUCAUGAACUCAUGCGUCCUGAAGAAAUAGAAAAAGGUUGGCCUAAAGAAAUGCUUGAUCUCAUCUGUGAAUUAGCUAGACAACGUUUACCUACUCCUGAUAUACGAACACGCGUCCAACUUUUAUUCUCUCAUAUUCCUUGGAACGAACGACGAUUCUACAACCGCCUUUCUGAAGAACGACAAAAGAUCCGCAUUCGUGAUGCAGAAUCUCGUGUACAACAACUCAAUGGACUUUGGUCAAAUGUUCUUGCCACUGCUGCUGGAAGUCAAGAACUUACGGAUAUGGUGCAAUUAGAUAUCAAUAAAAUUGUUGACAAAUUAUGUAGUAUGACUCAGACUGAUUCCUCCACUUUGCCGCCUCCACUUAUGCAAGAACACAUUGAACAAGAAGCUAGUCAGGAUAUCAUGGAUACUACUGGUGAUUCAUCACAAGAUGAGGCAAGCCAUAUAUAUAUAUAUCUAUAUGCAACAAAACCAUCUUUAAUACGGAAACAAAGUAGCAAACCAUCUGGACCAGAAACUCCAAAAGGAUUUACAGCUGUAGUUAUGCCACAACAGGUUUUUUAUAUUAAACUUCAUCCUCAUCGUGUUCUUCAAGAUGUACAACAGCUUCAACGACGGCGAUCACGAUCUUUGGCUUUUUCUGAAGACUUUGUUGAAACAGAUGAUAUAUCUCAACAAAAGAAACAAAGAACUCCUAUACUGAUGGAUAUCCCUCAACAACAACAACAACAACAACAACAUCCUGAACUAUCACUUUCAAUGCGGCAACUUGAAACGGUACAACCUCAUCAUCAUCAUCAGCCACAACCACCAAAUGUAUCCGCUCAAGAUCAACCUUCAUCUGGUUUUGUAUAUCCACCGCCUUAUCGGGAUGCUCCCUAUUUCGCAUCAACAUUAUACCCUGUGUAUCCAUCACCAGCUGUACCGUCAUCAUCAUCAACAUCAUCAUCAUCAACAGUACCACAUCCAACUCCUAUUUCUCCAAGAUAUAUGACUAGUCAUCAUUCUCAACAACAUCCAACAGGUCAUAUGGAUCGUCAACCUAUAUUAUACAGUACCGGUCGUCCACCGUUACCUAUGGGAUCGGAUGAGCAACAACAGCAACAUCAGCAACAACAUCCAACAAGUAGUACGAUCAAUACAAUACCAAUUACACCACCAUCAUCAACUUCCACGUCCUCUUCACCUCAUACUCUUCGAUUAUCAACCCCUCAUCCUCAAUCAACUUCAAAUAUGAUGCCAAAUCCACUUGGACCUACUAUGACAACUUCACGAAAGGAUUCAAUGAUUCAUAUAACCGAUCUUUCAUCCAAUCCAACAAAUACGCCUACUCCACAACAGCUUCAGCCACCACCAUCAGCAUAUCUUAUGGAUCAUCGUCUUUCCCUUCCUCAUCAUGAUGCGUCAGGAUAUCCACCACUUCAAGCUCUUCCACCUCCAGAUCAUCCACAUCAUCCACAUCAUCCACAUCAUCAACAACAACCAAUGUAUUAUUCUGUUUCUAACCAAGUAUUCUCCUCACACAACAACGAUAACAAUAACAAUGAAUCCAAUCCAUCCGGUGUUUAUUAUAUAGAUAAACCCUCUUCUUCUUCAUCUUCUUCUUCAACUCCACGUAUGCCUCCUCCAUAG